ACUCGGCCAACGUCUUGCUCACCACAUUUGUGCGGCAGCUCUAUCACCCUGCAGAGCAGCGCUCCUCGCGCCCUUUCAGGAAUCGCAGUGGGGCGCAGCGCAGGGGCCGGCAUCGGCUUCCCGCCCCGGCUUCGGUGUCCAGGGCGGCCCCCUUCGGCAUCCGAGAGCCACGUUCCCAACCUACCGUGCGGCCUCUGGACAAGUUCAAGCUCCGCUUUUCUUAACUGUAGAAAAGGAAAAAAAAGGUAUGAGGUCUUGCCUUGCAGGGUGUCAAGAGGUCGAAAUGCGUGGAACACGGGUUUCUUUUCUUUCUCCCCGACGCGGGACAGUGUCGCGUUGGGUUUCCGGGGGACGCGGGAGGACAGCCUCUUCUCCGGGUUUCCGCCCGGUUGCGGGCUCCGGAGCUCCCAGGGCCCCGCCGGCGGGCAGCAGGGAGACGCGGCUCCCGGGCCGGGUGACGCGGCGGCGGGAGCUCCUCGCAGAGUCAGGGCGCGGGCCGGGGAGGAGGAGGGGCCGCGGGCCGGGCCUCCUCGCCGCUUCCGGCGGAGCCGGGGGAACCGGGCGGGCGGCCGGCGGCCAGGGGCCUGCGCGCCGCACUUCCCCUCGCCGGGGGCGGCCGGCACCGCGCGGGAGCCGGAGCCAGCCUCUCCGCCAGCACCGCGGCGGGGUCGCCGCCACCCACGCGCUGGAUGGCUGUUCCAUAAGAUCAAGACUGAGUCCCCUCCCUUCUCCCACUUUACCAAUGCCUGGUCUCAUGGGGUUAGUUUUGAGCCCAACACUAUGGCAUCAUCAACCUCCUCAGCUCCUCGCUCCCGGUCCAGGAAGCCUCUGGGCAAGAUGGCUGACUGGUUCAGGCAGGCCCUGUCGAAGAAGCCCAAGAAGAUACUGGAAUCCUCAGACGGCCCCUCCAGUGACGUCUCCCAGCCAAGCUCUCAGGACCACCCCCCACGCCUGGACCUCAGCUCAACCUCGUCUCCAACACACGUGGUCGCCGGCAGCAGCGGCAGCAGCGGCCGCUGGAGCAAGGACUACGAUGUCUGUGUGUGCCACAGCGAGGAGGACCUGGCAGCCGCCCAGGAGCUGGUCUCCUACCUGGAAGGCAGCACCGCCAGCCUGCGCUGCUUCCUGCAGCUGCGGGAUGCAACCCCAGGCGGCGCCAUCGUGUCCGAGCUGUGCCAGGCACUGAGCAACAGUCACUGCCGCGUGCUGCUCAUCACCCCAGGCUUCCUGCAGGACCCGUGGUGCAAGUACCAGAUGCUGCAGGCCCUGAGUGAGGCUCCCGGGGCGGAGGGCCGCACCAUCCCCCUGAUGUCAGGCCUCGCCAGAGCCGCCUACCCCGCUGAGCUCCGGUUCAUGUACUUCGUGGACGGCCGGGGCCCCGACGGUGGCUUUCGCCAAGUCAAGGAAGCUGUCAUGCGUUGUAAGCUAUUAGGGAUCUGCAGACCAUCAGCUGACACUUCUAUCACCACGGGACCCAGAAAGUUGGAGCAAAGCCGGAAAUCGAGUUAGAGAGCCCAGGGUCUCACAGGGUCUUGCAUUCUGGCAGCUGUGACGAGGUGUAAGGAACCAGUCUGUAGCACUUUGUAUGUGAUCCUGGGCUCAGAUUGCCCAUCAGGCACCCAUUGCCGGGGACUCCCCCACGAAGGCCAUGGGGAAGCUGGGGACUCCCCUCGAGGAAGGCAUGAGGAAACUGGGGACUCCCCAGGAAGGCCAUGGGGAAGCCAGAAAUUGUAGGUGGUGGGAGGUGCUGAUACCACGAUGAUCACCAGUGUUUUGCCUCCGGCCCAACUGGACACAUGAAGCCCCGGCACAUGCCUACAUCUUCCCCUGGAAAGGUCACUUACCUGAUUCAUGGGCUAGAAAGCCUACACCGCAUGCUUCAGAGGGGAUGGUGUCCCCGGUUGCCUGGCAUCAGGAGAAAGCGACAGGUACCGAUCCUUCACACUCACACUACUGCCCUUCUCUUUCCCAGGGACAUUGUUCACUUCAGAAAUCUACACGAAAGAUGCAUUCAGCGCUGUUCUGAAUUUUUAUUGCACGUGUCAUUAAGACACAUCUAGAAACCAUUCUGAAUAGACAGGAGAUGGCAGGGAGCAGCAGGGGUGGAGGCAAGGAGAAGCUCAGACCCUGCACCUGGGUCAGAAGCCCACCCACCGAUGCUCUGACUCAUGGGGGCUUCAUCAAACGUCUGACUAGAACCCAAGCUUCUACAAGCUUCUUUACAUCUGCACUGAGAGAGAUGAGCUGUCUUCUUCUGGCAGAUGACUGUGGGCCUUGUAGGACAAGGUUUCAUUCACCUGUUCUCAAUAAGUCUGUUGUUGAACCGAAAUGAAUUUCGAAUACAUUCCCCUGAUGUGUACUUUUGUGCCACUUCUCUCACUUCUCCCUACCACGUCCCCUCCUUUUACUGGAAAAAUUCAUGUGUAUAUAUAUAUAUAUAUAUAUAUAUAUAUAUAUAUAUAUAUACACACACAUAUAUAUAUAUACACACACACACACACAUAUAUAUACGCAUAUAUAUAUAUGUGAGAUAUAAUUAAUAUAUUAACAUUAGUUUCAGGUAUAAAACAUGAUUUGACAUUUGUAUAUAUUGUGAAAACAUUUUCUAUUUUCAUUAUGCAUUAUUUUAUUACAUACAAAAAGACUAAAGAAUAUAAUGUACACUCCUGUAUAUUCCACUCAGCUUAAGAAGCCCAACCUUACAAUCCCUAUGGUACUCCCUUUGUGCUUUUAAUUACAUUCUCCUCCCUUUUCCCAUCAGAAGCAAUCACCCUUCUGAAUUUUGAAUUCAUCAUUGUUAGCUUUUCACGUAUACAUCCCUGAGAACAUAUUUACUUUUACAUGGUUUUGUACUGUAUUUAGUGGUAUUAUAAUGUUCGUAUUCUACAAAUUCUUUUUUUUUUAACCAUGUUAAGAUUUAUCCAUGUGGAUGCAUGUAACUAACACCAGGAACUUCACUAUGGUUCUAUUAUGUAAACAUACCACCACGAUUUAGUCACACGUUCCUUUACAAACAGACAUUUGGUUGUUUGCCAUUUGUUGCUAGUAAAAACAAUGAGUUUAUGAACAUUUUUGUGCGUGUUUCCAUGAACAAGAUUUUCUAGGACUUAGCCUAGAUGGGGAACAGCUGGGUAGUAAAUACACAUCUUCAGUUUCGGUAGAAAAUGCCAAAUUUUCUUCCAAAUUGGUUGUGUCAGUGUAUGUUCCCACCAUUAGUGUGUGAGAUUUCCCACUUUUUCAUGUUCUUACUAACACUUAGAAUUAUUGGAUUGGAAAAUGUUUGUUGACCUGGUGGGUGAAAACUGGUAUCCUAUUCUUUUCUUCUUUUUAAACUGUUUUGGUGUGUGUGUGUGAGAAAUUCUUUGUAUGUCAUAAACCGAAGAGAAAAAUUUGACCAAUACCCAUAUACCCAUCACCUGGCUUCAACAAUUACCAACUCAGAGCUAAGCUGAUAUCAACAAUCACCCCACUCAUUCCCUCCCCACCAGGUCCUUUUGAAGCAAAUCCCAGGCAUUAUUUUAUUUCUACAUGUUAAACUAUGUCUCUUUUUAGAAGUUUUCCAAAAAAGUGUAUCUUUUAAAGAACAGAAUGCUUUAUUUUUUAAUAUAAAACCUUUUACCUAUUA